CUGCAGUAGGCGCCAAGGGCUGCCGACGAGGACCUGCCCGGCCGGCCGCGCCAUGCCUGCCGCGCCCAGCAGCCCGGCCCGCCGGGAGGGAUGCGCUGUGCCGUCCAGCUCCCCUCCGCCCGGCCCUUGCCCUGAAGCAGAAAGUUUGGGGGCUGGGGGCUAUCUCCUCCCGCUCCAAUGACUGCCCAAGGACUCCUGCUGCCCAGCCUCGAUUGUGACCUGUCUCCGCUCCCCAGGUCGUAAUGAACUAUUCCAAGCUGUAACCAAGGCUCCCCCUCCUCUCCCCUCUCUCACCCUCCUUUAAAAAGGUUUAUUUUUUUAAUUCAAGAAAUUGUGAUCCGCCGACUCCCCUCCUCGUUAAUAAUUUAGACCCCGAGCCUCGUUUCUGAGUGUAAGAGGGGGUGCGGUCUCCCCCAAGAAGGCGCGCUGGAAGGACAGAUUCCCCUUGCCGACCCACAUACACCAUGAAGAGGUGCAAAUCGGACGAGCUGCAGCAACAACAGGGUGAGGAGGAUGGAGCUGGGCUGGAAGAUGCAGCUUGCCACCUGCCGGGCGCGGACCUCCGGCCUGGGGAGGCCACGGGUGCUAACUCUGCUGGCGGGCCAACUUCGGAUGCGGGCGCUGCCGCGGCGCCCAACCCGGGUCCCCGAAGCAAGCCUCCCGAUUUAAAGAAAAUCCAGCAGCUCUCAGAGGGCUCCAUGUUUGGCCACGGCUUCAAGCACCUGUUCCACGGCCGCCGCCGGUCACGGGAGAGGGAGCACCAGACGUCUCAGGAUUCCCAGCAGCAACAUCAGCAGGGCAUGUCCGACCAUGACUCCCCGGACGAGAAGGAGCGCUCCCCGGAGAUGCACCGCGUCUCCUACGCCAUGUCCCUGCACGACCUGCCCGCCAGACCCACUGCCUUCAACCGCGUGCUGCAGCAGAUCCGCUCCCGGCCCUCCAUCAAGCGGGGUGCUAGCCUGCACAGCAGCAGUGGGAGUGGCGGCAGCGGGGGCAGUAGCCGGCGCACCAAGAGCAGCUCCCUGGAGCCUCAGCGUGGCAGCCCCCACCUGCUGCGCAAGGCCCCCCAGGACAGCAGCCUGGCCGCCAUCCUGCACCAGCACCAGUGCCGCCCCCGGUCUUCUUCCACCACUGACACGUCCCUGCUGCUGGCUGAUGGUGGCAACCUCUUGGCCGAGGAGGCCGAGGGUCUCAGCGACAAGGUCGACAAGGGGGACCUCGCGGCCCUGAGCCUCCCUGGCGGCCCUGGCCAUGGUGAUACCGAUGGCCCCAUCAGCCUGGAUGUGCCAGACGGGGCCCCGGACCCCCAGCGGACCAAGGCCGCCAUCGACCACCUGCACCAGAAGAUCCUGAAGAUCACAGAGCAGAUCAAGAUCGAGCAGGAGGCGCGGGACGACAACGUGGCCGAGUACCUGAAGCUGGCCAACAACGCCGACAAGCAGCAGGUAUCCCGCAUCAAGCAGGUGUUCGAGAAGAAGAACCAGAAGUCGGCCCAGACCAUCGCCCAGCUGCACAAGAAGCUGGAGCACUACCGCCGGCGCCUGAAGGAGAUCGAGCAGAACGGGCCGUCGCGGCAGCCCAAGGAUGUGCUGCGGGACAUGCAGCAGGGCCUGAAGGACGUGGGCGCCAACAUGCGCGCCGGCAUCAGCGGCUUUGGCGGGGGCGUGGUGGAGGGCGUGAAGGGCAGCCUCUCUGGCCUCUCACAGGCCACCCACACCGCCGUGGUGUCCAAGCCCCGGGAGUUCGCCAGCCUCAUCCGGAACAAGUUUGGCAGCGCUGACAACAUCGCCCACCUGAAGGACCCUCUGGACGACGGGCCCCCCGAGGAGGGGGCCCGGGCGCUGAGCGGCAGUGCCACACUCGUGUCCAGCCCCAAGUACGGCAGCGAUGAUGAGUGCUCCAGCGCCAGCGCCAGCUCGGCCGGGGCGGGCAGCAACUCGGGGGCCGGGCCAGCUGCGGCGCUGGGGAGCCCCAAGUCUAACACGUUGUACGGCGCCCCCGGAAACCUGGAUGCUGUGCUGGAAGAGCUGCGGGAGAUCAAGGAGGGCCAGUCCCACCUGGAGGACUCGAUGGAGGACCUGAAGGCUCAGCUGCAGAGGGACUAUACCUACAUGACCCAGUGCCUGCAGGAGGAGCGCUACAGGUAUGAGCGGCUGGAGGAGCAGCUCAACGACCUGACUGAGCUUCACCAGAAUGAGAUGACCAACCUGAAGCAGGAGCUGGCCAGCAUGGAGGAGAAGGUGGCCUACCAGUCCUAUGAAAGGGCCCGGGACAUCCAGGAGGCCGUGGAGUCUUGCCUGACCCGGGUCACCAAGCUGGAGCUGCAGCAGCAACAGCAGCAGGUGGUGCAGCUGGAGGGCGUGGAGAACGCCAACGCACGGGCGCUGCUGGGCAAGUUCAUCAACGUGAUCCUGGCACUCAUGGCCGUGCUGCUGGUGUUCGUGUCCACUCUCGCCAACUUCAUCACACCCCUCGUGAAGACCCGCCUGCGCAUCACCAGCACUGCCCUCCUGGUCCUCGUCCUCUUCCUCCUCUGGAAGCACUGGGACUCCCUCACCUACCUCCUGCAGCACGUGCUACUGCCCAGCUGAGCGGCCGGCCUGUCCCGACCCCGUGCUCUCCCCAGCCCCCAGCUGGCCAUGCUUCUCCGAGGGACCCUGGGACUCCCGAGUCCUUGGACUUCUUCAU